AGGCCUGAGAUGCACCGGCAUCUAUAAGACCAAACGUCGCACCGUCCACAAACACACUGCAAACCCCAUCACAGCGACAGCCAUGGAAAAUCUCUUGGGUGGUUUAGUUGGUUCCGACGGCGUUGCAAAAAUUAUCGGAGACAAAGUUGGCGACGGUGUGGAGAACAUUAUGAGUCAAGUCCUGAGUAAAGAUAAGGACGGAAAAGAGGAGCCGAAGGGAGGAGAGGGCGGUUUGGGAGAUGUGCUCUCAUCGCUCGGAGGGAAGAAAGACGAUGACAACGGAGCCGGCGGUUUUGGAGGUAUGCUCUCAUCGCUCGGAGGGAAGAAAGACAAUGACAACGGAGCCGGCGGUUUGGGAGGUAUGCUCUCAUCGCUCGGAGGGAAGAAAGACGAUGACAACGGACUUGCAAAGGGAGCGAUGGACUUGUUGAGUGGAUUCAAGUAGACGGUGUCCUGAAGGAAACUUCUCCACCUGCGGAGAUUUCACCUAAAGAUUAUUUAAGAUUUUAAUCAUUUGAAUAAUGUAACUGUAAAGAAACACUCACGACUUCAUACUUAUUUGUUCUUUAUUGGUUUUAAACUAAAUUAAACUGGAGGAUUAUUGUUAUUAUUUUUCACAGGUGAAAUCUGUUGAACUUGAUAUAAAAUAAUGAAGAUGGUAAACUGGGUUUUUAUGUGCUAAAAUGAAGAGACAGUAUUUUAAUUGAAUGAAAGAAUAACUGUCAUAAUUUAACUGCAUUAAAACACGAGUGUAAACUGUGUCACCUGUUCUCACUAAUCAAACCUUCAUUUAAAGAAAUAAUCUGUGAAAUAUUGAUGACGUUACUAUUAAAACUGUGUCUCUGGUUUGAAAUAUACAUUUAAAUUUUUGUGUAUUUUUGGGCUGGACGCUGCUCACUGUUAAAAUCUACUGGUAAAAAUAAAGGUGAUAAAAUACAAA